CGUUUUCCGGUCGGUGGCAUGGCUCUGAAAGUGACACUGCUAAACCGCAUCAACACGAGCGCCCUCAUCAUGUCUCCACAAGCGCUCAGGCAGAUGCGUCUUCGCGCGCAGCUGUCUCGCCGCGACGCCUUCUGCGCUGGCUCCUUUGCCGGGACGGAGGUGAGUGCCUCGCCAAAGGAUGAGAAUCUCACAAAUAUGCUGCGCGAGGACCUCACUCCAUUCACGGUCGAGCUCGAUGAGCGCGCCGGGCUGCGGCUCGGCUCGAAGCCCGUCGACGCCGACUCCCUCGGCACCUGUGACAGUGUGCCGAGCGCGAGGCGCCGCCUGGCCAUGGCACCCGGAUCCGCCGCCUGGCAUGCCAUCUCCGCGUUGCAAUCGGACCCUCGCGUCGCAUCGCUGGACCGCUUGUCGUCCUGCUCGGACACCGAAGCGGAGGUCGCUCGGAACUGGAGCGACUUCAUGCGCGGGCGGUCACUUUCGCUGCACGAGCGCCACGCAGUGAUCUUCAGCGAGCCAGUCCGGUGAGGUGAGGCCGCAGCUGUUUUGUUCAGUACGUGGCAGCCCUAUCAGACGGCCGCCUGUCGCUCAGUUCAGACCUCUUACCUUUAAAGUCACGAGUCUAUAC